CCUUCAAGCAUGGUCAGUGAAACGUCCACUGCAGUAACUACGGCUGCUGUUGAUACAAAACCCGGCUCUAAGGUGGUGAAGACUGGAAGCAAAGUUCACAGCUUUGGAAAGAGGGAACAAGCCAUCAGGAGGAAUCCCAAUGUUCCUGUGAUAGUAAGAGGCUGGCUGCACAAACAGGACAGCUCUGGAAUGAGGUUAUGGAAGAGACGAUGGUUUGUGCUUGCUGAUUUUUGUUUGUUUUACUACAAAGACAGCAGAGAAGAGUCUGUUCUGGGGAGUAUCCCAUUGCCCAGUUAUGUCAUAUCUCCAGUUGGACCUGAAGAUCGUAUAAAUCGCAAAUUUUCUUUUAAGGCUGUUCACACAGGUAUGAGGGCAUACAUCUAUAACAAGAAUUCUGUCAUUGGCUCUCAGGCAGAGCACACAGGGAUGAGGACGUACUACUUCAGUGCUGACACCCAGGAGGAUAUGAACGCCUGGAUCCGGGCUAUGAACCAGGCUGCUCUCAUGCAGACACGCUCCUCACUCAAGAGGGAAACUGAAAAAGUGGAUCAGCAAGCUGUUCCCCAGGUCAAUCAUGUGGAUGCCUGCAAAGAGUGUGUGAAGGCAGAGAUCACGGACACAAAAGGAAGUUAUCAGAAAUCAGCUGAAAUGCUCGGAUAUGAUAAGCGGGAAGAGAUAAGAAGAGAAAAGGAGGAGGAGGAGCGUUACGUCCACAGAAAAGAAAAUCUGGAAACCAAAAAGGGAAAGGCUAAGCAUGCAGUGACAGAAGCUGAUUCAUUAUUCCCUGACUUGAGGAAUGCAUCCUGGUCCCAAGUAGCUCAGCCUCAGCCAGCUGAGAAGAAUGGAACGCUCCCUAGUUCACUGAGUGUGGGUGCUGGCCUAGUGGAGCAGAAUGGUACCGGCUCAUAUAAAAGAGGGUUUGUUCCCAGAACAAAUCCAGAUAAGCAGUUUCAAAGGAAAAGUAACAUGGCUCAAGUGGAGCACUGGGUAAAAGUCCAGAAAGGAGAUACAAAAAGCCUCACUUCUGAUCAGACUCUUACACGUCAGGGUCCCAAUCCUCCUUUUCCUGAGAACUAUCACACUUUGCCAAAGAAUACCAGGCAGCCUUCAGGGAGCUCACCACCACCAAACCGCAAUCUGCCGAGUGACUACAAAUAUGCACAAGAUCGCGUCAGCCACUUGAAGAUGUCCCAGGAGGAGAGGAAAGCAAAUAAGGAUGGAACUGUUUGGCAGCUGUACGAGUGGCAGCAGAGGCAGCAGUUCAAACAUGGCAGCCCCACAGCCCCACUUUAUGUAGGUUCCUCAGACUUCAUUGAUCGUGCGAAGUCAAAAAGCUCGUUAGAUGUUCCACGGUCCAUAUCUGUUCCGCCCUCUCCAUCUGAUAUUCCUCCACCUGGGCCUCCAAAAAACUUUCUCCCACGGAGGCCACAUACUCCUGCAGAAAGGCUCACAGUUAAACCAUCUGAUGAGAGACAGACUGUGGAUGUGCCUCUUGCUGGAUCCCCCAGGAAGAUUCGGAAUCGUGCUGUAAAGAGCUCCACGCACCUGGAUCGCCGCUCCAUGCCCGCCAUGGGCUACAUGACACACACGGUGAGCGCGCCCAGCCUGCACGGCAAGUCGGCGGAUGACACUUACAUCCAGUUGAAAAAGGAUCUGGAGUAUUUGGAUCUAAAGAUAGAAAAUAAUGGACCUCUGAUCAACAUGAUAUACAAAGUGCUAAAGAACUCAGCACAAGGGUUACUAUCCAGUAUACAUGUGACAGGACGUGACACGUUGAAAGAAAGAAGUGCAAAACCUGUCAAGGUUGCAGAAAGUGAUAUUGAUGUGAAAUUGAGCAUUUUCUGUGAGCAGGACAGAAUUCUGCAGGACUUGGAGGACAAAAUAAGAGCCCUUAAGGAAAAUAAAGAUCAGCUGGAGUCUGUUUUGGAGGUUUUGCACAGGCAGAUGGAUCAGUACAAAGACCAACCACAACAUGCAGAAAAAAUAUCUUACCAGCAGAGACUUUUGCAAGAGGACCUUAUACAUAUUCGGGCUGAAAUAUCCAAAGUUUCAACGGAGAUGGAAAAUGCCUGGAAUGAGUAUCUGAAAUUAGAGAAGGAUGUGAGCCAACUGAAAAAAGCCUUACAGGAGCAGAUGAACAGUUCAUUGGUAUCUCAGGAGAAAACUCAAAUACAAAAAGACUUGUGGAGAAUUGAAGAUGUUACAGCUGGCUUGAGUGCAAACAAAGCAAACUACAAAACCAUAGUAGACUCUAUAAAGAAUCCAGAGAGAAAAACAGUGCCUUCAUUUUCUCAGUCUUCAGUGCCUUCCUUACCAGCUUCCCUUGCUGCUGUGGAGAGCAAACUGUCUGUCCCGCAGAGCCCUCCGCGCAGCCCGCUGAAAUCCCCUCUGGAGGUCAGGCUCUACCCACAGCCCUAUUUCCAGACCAGGACACAGCACCAAGCACAGCAGCUGAAAAAAAUCGAGCCACCUCUUCAGUCACCAGUCAAGCUCAAGCCAAAGGUUGAAGAUGAAGCACCGCCCAGACCUCCUCUCCCUCAGCUGUACAGCCCUGAGGAUCAGCCACCAGCUGUCCCACCCCUCCCCAGAGAAGCCACUGUCAUCAGGCACACCUCGGUGCGGGGCCUGAAGCGUCAGUCAGACGAGAGAAAGAGAGACAGAGAGCUCGGCCAGUAUGUAAAUGGAGAUUACAGGGUGGAGCUGCGUUCAUACAUGAGUGAGCCAGAGCUGGCAAUGAUAGGGGGUGACCUUAGCCACCCUUCCAGUGCUUUAAUAAGCCCUGAUAGUGGAUACCAGACAUUACCUACCCGUGGUUUGUCUGGAUCAACUUCCAGAUUGCACCAGUCAUCUACCAUUUCAUCAUUUGCAACACUUCGAAGGGAUAGGUCCAAGGAGAGACCAAAGAGUGCCUUGGAACGUUUAUACUCUGGAGACCACCAAAGAGGCAAGAUGAGUGCAGAGGAGCAGCUAGAAAGAAUGAAGAGACAUCAGAAGGCAUUGGUGCGGGAACGCAAGAGAACUCUUAGCCAAGGAGAAAGGCAGCCCGUUUCAUCUCGCCCUUUCAUCAGGCCCGUGUCUGCAGACGUAGGCUCAUGGAAACGAGAGCAAGAAUUUGAUUUGCAGUUACUUGAGAGGGCAAUUCGUGGAGAAGACAAGGAUGAAAAUGAAUGGUUAAAAGUUCAGCCAGUAGCAGUGACAGAGACAGACCUGGAGCCUCAAGACUAUGAUUUAGAUAUCUGCAGAGAGUUGUCAAAACCCGAGAAGGUUGUAAUUCCAGAACGUUAUGUUGAGCUGGAGCCAGAGGAGCCUCUUUCUACAGAAGAACUGGCAGCAAGGCAGCGUAAAGCAGAAAAGAUAAAGAAUAUUCUUACUAAAUCAAGUAUGCACAAUCUGCAGCCUACUGUUGCCCAGGACAAACACAACUCGAUUGAUUUAGAUUCACAGCUGCAGGAGCAGGAGCGCAUCAUUACCAUUUCAUAUGCUCUGGCUUCUGAAGCCUCUCAGAGGAGCAAGGAGGUAGCAGCCAAAGCAGUAAGUGAGCACUGACGUGAGACUGGAGGCAAAUCCCGCUCUGUGACACCGCGUGGAGGACAGAGGAGAUUCUUCCCCGAGUUUCUGUGGAGAUACUCCUGGGCUGGUGACACCUUCUUCUGGAAAGACAUUCAGAGAAUGAUAGGGGGAUUUUCUAUGAAAAUGAAGAGAACUGCAGAUCAUUUUUUAUUUACUUCAGUUUAGUUCACACUUUUUAUACGAAUAAACGGCACUUUUAAUAAACUCUGUAAAAUACUGACAAUGUAUUUUUAGAACGGUGUAUUUUAGGUUUUUUUUUUUUUAAUCAAGGGCUGAAUUCAUUUUAAAAGACACUUUUUGCAUAGGUACUAAAAGAUGCUGUUACUUCCCCCUCAGGCUCAGAUGCACAUCAUUUUUGUGAGAAAAACCCUGCAAAUUGGAGCAAACCUAGAAGCACAUUGAUAGGGUAUGGAUAGAGCUAACACGGGUGACAGGUUUGGUGAAAGGGUGUUUCAGAUGGAAUAUUUUUGUAGAGUUAAUCACCCACCCUUUUGCCCCUUAAAUAAUCCAUUGCAAGAACUGUUAGCUUGAAUUUCUAAAUAUUAGUAACCACUGUAUAGCUGAAAUUUCCCAAGAAAGCCAUAACAAAAGCCAGUUUUAAGUCCCCUUUUUUUAUGAUCCCAGAUAAUUAACUUAGUGGUAUCAAUCCACAGUUUGUUAGGUUGCCCUUGAAAGUAGUGCUGCCCCCUCUAUAACAAACAGCUAACAAAAUUUUUUUUGGAAGUUGAGAUGUGAAAGAAGAUGAUUUUUAAUUAAAAUAUGUGAAGUAAGCAAUAAACAAUUACAUUGUGUCAUUUGGCUAGUAAAUACAUAUUUUUCUUCUGAUAUUUUUUCAAUAGACAUUACAAUAUGAUGUACUGACUAGUAUUUAUCCUAGAAACAUAGCAUAACUAAUGGAAUGUGGCACCUGCUAAUUCUGUGUAUGUUCACCUGGUGCUUAUCUUUGCCAAACUUUGAAAUUCUGUGCUGUACUCACAAAUAGGGCAAAGGGUGAGCUGGUUAAAAUAAGGAGAAAAUAAGAUUAAAUGUAUUGCUGCAACUAUACUUUAAAAAACCCUGUGUAUGCAUCGAAUGCAAGACAUGCAAAAGCUUCCCAAUGUUAUGUAAUUAGUAGCUGAGUUCAGCUCUGGAUGAGAAAUAACUGGGAAAUACUUCUGCAGUAUUUUGUGAAACCACUAACUUGUCUAUUCCCUGUAUUCAAGUAGUAGCUAAAAUCCCCUUGGAAUUGACCUUUGUGUUUCAGACUUUAAGACAAAUCAUCAUAUAUUAACACUAUACUCAGAAAUAUUCUUAAAAGUAUAUAUUUAGCUAAUGCAAUCUAUUUUACCUCAAUACUGCCAGUAUCAACUUCAAAAUCUUUUGCCAAAAUAAUGAUUUAUUUUUGCCUUUAUAAAAAAGUUUUGAAAGCAUAAAUGAAUAUUUUGCAAGAAAACAUUAAUUUAAAUAAAAUGUAACCGUUUGGAAAAUGGUAUAUGUACAGAUUAAAAUAUUAACAUAACUGCCUCCUA